CGUGACCCGUGUGGCAUUACUGCCUCCGCGCUUUGACCUUGGACUGAAGGGGACCAUGAGCACCACCAGGCUGUAUACGCUGGUCCUGGUACUGCAGCCCCAGCAAGUCCUGCUGGGCAUGAAGAAACGAGGCUUUGGGGCUGGCCGGUGGAAUGGCUUCGGGGGCAAAGUGGAAGAAGGAGAGACCAUUGAGGAGGGGGCCAAGAGGGAGCUGUGGGAGGAGAGCGGCCUUACGGCGGACACGCUGCACAAGGUGGGCCAGAUCACCUUCGAGUUCGUGGGCAACCCCGAGCGGAUGGACGUCCACAUCUUCUGCACUGACCACGUCCAGGGGACGCCCACAGAGAGCGACGAAAUGCGCCCGCAGUGGUUCCAGUUGGAUCAGAUCCCCUUCGAUGACAUGUGGCCUGAUGACAGCUACUGGUUCCCACUCCUGCUCCAGAAAAAGAAGUUCCUUGGACACUUCCAAUUCCAGGGCCAGGACACCAUCGUGGCACACAUGCUGUGUGAGGUAGAUCAAUUCUAGGGGGGGCGCCCACAGUCUGGCCGGGAGAGCUGGAGUCAGUGGGAUCAGGGGGCUGGGCUGACUAAUCUUCCUUGUUUGGCACGCAAUUGGAUGAAAGGAAAAUAAAUAUCUUGAUUUUUAAAUUAAGCAUUCUUCACUGGGUGGCACCAGAGCCAGCCCAGUCCUGUCUCCAGGAAGCUGCGGGCGUGCACUCUGAGUGGCCUGUGCUGGGCUGUGACCACACUACCCAGGGCAAGAGCAGGAGGGGAGAAACUGUUCUAGCUGUCUCUGGUGCCUGCUGUGGACAGGUUGUGCAGGAGAGCCAGGUGUGGCAUGUGCACGCACC